CAGUUGUACAAGAAAACCCUAAUCCAAAGCCCUCCCUAACUGCAUCGGCUUUUCUUCCCGUCCUUAGGUCGAUUGGGCAGGUCGGAAUUUUUUUUCCAAUGAAAUUUUGUAUGUAGUUAAACAAUCAAAGAAGCCCUUCCUAAGUGCUUGCAUCGUCGUCUUCCACUCUCCUUUUCUCCACUGGCUUUUCCUACAACUCCUUGUCUUCCCUCCCGUCCUCAUCUACGUUAAUCGUCUCACACCCCACGUAUAAAACCAAAAAUUUAAAGGAAAAUCUAUAUAUAAAAUGACGCAUAGGUGCAGCCUACUACAUUCAAUAGGCCUGUUAGCAGGGUUGAAUUGCAGCGUACAGUUGCAACCCUGUUAGAAUAGAAACCUCAAACAAACACAUCCAGAUGUUUUUUGGAAGGCUGGGGCACGAAACAGUUUCUUGCAGCAGCAGCUGGUAUCUCUGCUCGGAUAUGUUUCUUGGCCAUAAAGUAAUUCUGAGGGUUUCCGCUAAGCGCCUUUUCAACGUGUUUGCUGUUUCCCCGUCUUUUACUGGUUUCAAUCGUUUUUAUCCGGGCGAAACCGUGAGGAAGGUGAAUUUCUGGCCUGUCGCUGUCGAAAUUGAGGAGACGCCAGUAGAUGGACCGCCAAGAGAGGCCUGCGAGGGGAGACCUGUGCUUCCUACACAUCAGAAUUCGGAGAAAGUCCCCGGGAUUCGCCCCAUGGCUCCAGAUGAUUUUUCAGGAUGUAGGGAUUUGCUCUCCUUGAAUAAAAUGAGACCUUCAUGCAUAAAUCAAGAACCAUACAGUGAAUUAUGCAGCCUGUCUUCACGCAUUCUUUGCAGGAGUAUUAUUGUUGAUGAUGGUGCUGUCGCCGAUAUUUUGCAUACUUGCAGUGCUGCAAAAGUUUCCUUUGAUGUUGUUCAACAGCUUCAUGCUAAGAUCAUCCGUCUAGGUUUCAGUUCAAGCCUGCUUGUCUGUAAUCCACUGAUUGAUUUGUACAUAAAAAAUGAAUAUGUUAAUUCUGCAAUUCAUAUUUUCAAAAAUAUGCAUUCAAGAGACAGCACUACGUGGGUUGCCAUGAUAUCAGGCUUAUCUCAAAGUGGUCGUGAAUUAGAUGCUAUCCACCUGUACUCUGAGAUGCGAAGGUCUGGAGUGUUCCCUACUCCUUAUAUUUUUUCAAGCAUCAUAAGUGCCUGCACCAAGAUAAACUUGUCUGUUGUUGGGGAGCAACUUCAUGCUCUAAUCUUCAAGUGGGGAUUUUCAUCAGAGCUGUAUGUUUGCAACUCUCUUGUUUCGCUUUAUUCUAGAUGUGGGAAUUUAUCAUCUGCUGAACUGAUUUUCUGUGAAAUGCAGCAUAGGGAUAAAGUUGCGUACAACACUUUGAUUUCUGGAUUUUCUAUGCAAGGAUUGGAUGAGAAAUCUCUUCUAUUAUUUGAAAAAAUGCGGAAUGAGUUCUUAAAACCUGACUGUGUUACCGUUGCCUGUCUUUUGAGCACUUGUGCAUCAAUGGGGGUUAUUCACAAGGGAGUCCAACUGCAUUCAUAUGCUAUUAAGACUGGCAUGUGUUCUGAUAUCAUCAUUGAGGGUUCUUUGCUGGACCUGUAUGUUAAAUGCUCUGAUGUUGAAACAGCACAUAAAUUCUUCAUAUCAACAAAAAAGGAUAAUAUUGUGCUAUGGAAUGUCAUGCUGGUGGCAUAUGGACAAAUGGGCAAUCUCCAAGAGUCACUCAAUCUUUAUCUAUAUAUGCAGAGCAAAGGUCUGCAACCUAAUCAAUAUACAUUUCCUAGUAUUCUAAGAACAUGUACAUCUGUUGGAGCAAUUAAUCUUGGGGAGCAAGUUCAUACACAUAUUGUAAAGACUGGAUUCCAGCCAAAUGUGUAUGUUUGUAGUGUACUCAUAGACAUGUAUGCUAAGCUUGGAAAAUUGGAAACAGCCCUGAAAAUAUUUAGGCAUUUUAGUAAAGAUGAUAUUGUGUCUUGGACAGCUAUGAUAUCUGGAUAUGCGCAACAGGAUAAGUUCGCCGAGGCCCUUAAAAUUUUUAAGGAAUCGCAAGAACUAGGGAUUCAAUCAGAUAACAUUGGAUUAGCCAGUGUUGUAAGUGCAUGUGCUGGAUUGCAAGCUAUCAGCCAAGGACGUCAAAUUCAUUGUCAGUCUACUACUUCUGGGUACUCACUUGAUAUUUCCAUCGGAAAUGCACUUGUAUGGCUCUAUGCUAGAUGUGGUUGUGUACCAGAGGCACUCUCUGCUUUUCAGAAAAUGUGCACUAAGGAUAUUGUUUCGUGGAAUGGAUUGAUAUCAGGUUUUGCACAGAGUGGAAAGUGUGAGGAAGCAUUGAAGUUCUUCUCUCAAAUGGUUCAGGCAUCCGAGGAAGCUAAUAUGUUCACCUAUGGGUCUUGCCUCAGUGCAGCAGCAAGUUUGACCAAUCUAAAACUUGGCAGGCAAAUUCAUUCUCGAAUUAUUAAAACAGGGUAUGAUUGUGAGACUGAAGUAUGCAAUGUAUUAAUCACGUUGUAUGCAAAAUGUGGACGCCUCAAUGGUGCUAGGAGAGUAUUCAUUGAGAUGCCUCAGAAAAAUGAAGUUUCGUGGAAUGCAAUGAUCACCGGAUACUCUCAGCACGGAUAUGGCAUGCAAGCUAUAGAGCUCUUUGAGGAAAUGAACUUGAUGAAAAUGAUGCCAACUCACAUCACAUAUGUGGGAGUUUUGUCAGCCUGUAGCCAUGUAGGCUUGGUGGAAAAGGGGCUUAAUUACUUCUAUUCCAUGAGUGAACGACAUGCCCUGAACCCAAAACAUGAACAUUAUGCAUGUGUGGUUGAUCUUCUUGGCAGGGCGGGUCAAGUUGUCCGUGCCAAAAAAUUUGUUGAGUCUAUGCAAAUUAAACCAGAUUCAAUGGUGUGGAGGACCCUCUUAAGUGCCUGUACAGUUCACAAGAACAUAGAAAUUGGGGAAGUUGCGGCGAAAAAUCUUUUAGAAUUAGAACCUAAAGAUUCUGCUACAUAUGUUCUUUUGUCAAAUCUGUAUGCUGUUACUGGUAAAUGGCAUUAUCGAGAUCAAGCAAGAUUACUCAUGAGAGUCAGGGGUGUGAAGAAAGAGCCUGGUAGAAGUUGGAUUGAAGUAAAUAAUUCAGUUAAUGCAUUCUUUGUAGGUGAUAGACUCCACCCUCGAGCAGAGGAGAUUUAUAUAUAUUUGGAGGAGAUAAACAAAAAAGUAGCUUCAAUUGGCUAUGUCCAAGACCGUAAUAGCCUUUGGAAUGAUAUGGAGCUUGACCACAAGGACCCUGGUCGACAAAUUCACAGUGAAAAGUUGGCUAUAGCUUUUGGACUUCUAAGUUUGUCUGAUGUGAUUCCCUUGCAUGUCAUGAAGAAUCUACGGAUUUGUAAUGACUGCCAUAAUUGGAUUAAAUUUGUAACAAAGGUUGUUGAUCGAACUAUUAUAGUUCGUGAUGCAUACCGAUUCCAUCAUUUUCAGAAUGGAAUUUGUUCAUGUAAAGACUAUUGGUAACUGGGACAGAAGAUACUUAAGAAGAAAAUAUCUGGGGUUAUCUUUCUGUGCUCUUGUCUGGAUGCUUUUGAACUCCUGAUGUCACCUUGCAAGCAAUUCAAGUGAUGGCUUGGACAGACUGGGGUUUCUUGGUGUUACCCAACCUGGGCUUUUGAAAGAUGCACUUAUUCUUGAUAUCUGAAUCUGAAUCCAAUAUAUGAAAAAGAGAUACUGGUAUUCACAUGACAUGUCAAGAGCUUGUUGAUUGUCUUGGCACCAUUGCACAAAGUGGAACUGCUAAAUUCUUAAAAGCACUGGAGGUGCAAUUCUUUUGGAUAGCAAGGAUGCUGGUGCUGACAGCAAUUGAAGGAGGUUGGGAACUAAACACAGAACUGUUCCUCGUCGAUCCUAGUCACAUAUUUGGAUGAAGACUGUGCCACUGAAUCAGGACUUGAGGAACCAUACCUCCGGCACAUUUGAUCAGCCGUCUGGUCCAGAAUAGUUUCAGGAUCGUAAACAGGCAGUUGCUCGACCUCUAGGCUAUCGAAUAAAUGAGGCUCAACUAGGUGAUCGUCGGACACUCGACGAAGUUAAGAUACAUGAAACACGAGAUGGAUGUGGCUAGUAGCCGGCAAAUACAACUUAUAUGCGACAUUUCCUAUACAGCGAAGGAUGUAGAAUGGUCUAUAAAAUCUGGGCAUUAGCUUGUAAUGGUGCCCUGGCGCAAGCUGCCUUGGCAAUAGGGUCUGACCUUCAAGAAUAUCAAAUCACCAACCUGAAAGAUGAGCUCACGACGAUGGGUGUUGGCUACCCGCACCAUGUGAUGUUGAGCAUGCUCCAAGUGGUGUUUCAACUGUCGCAAUACUGUCUUGCAGCCGCCAAGUAACUCUGAAGUUGUAACAAUUCGGCAUUCAUCUGGCAAGAAACUCUGCAGUCUAAUUGAAUCGCAUGCAUACUAAUUAUCAUUUCUUUUGUUCUACUAAGUGAUCUUAAUAUUAAAUAUGAACAUCAAAUUGUCUUUAAUAA